GGGAAAGAGAGAAUGAAAGCGAUUCCCAAAUUAAGGCGGUUGGUGAGCAUUACAGCGACUGAUGUGGAUGGCAUUCCAUAAAACACAAGCAAGCUGCUGUGAUGAAUUGAAUAUAGGAUAGAAUCGUCAUAGCCAUCGACCAGACGACAGACUGCACUUGUCGCGAUCGAUACGUUUUGACCUAGACAAUGAAUUAAACGGUCGGACAAGUAAUAGGCCGCACCCGUGUGAGAAUUGUGGCCAGUUUGGGUCGACCAUGCAGAUAUUCGUAAAAACGCUGACAGGGAAGACGAUCACAUUGGAAGUUGAAGGCAGCGACACGAUUGAAAAUGUGAAGGCGAAAAUUCAAGACAAAGAGGGCAUUCCUCCCGAUCAACAGCGCCUCAUUUUUGCAGGCAAGCAGCUCGAGGAUGGGCGCACCCUGUCGGAUUACAAUAUACAGAAAGAAUCUACCCUUCAUCUGGUUUUGCGUCUGCGAGGUGGUAUGCAAAUAUUUGUGAAAACGCUCACCGGUAAGACAAUUACUCUCGAAGUGGAAGGCAGUGAUACGAUCGAAAAUGUGAAAGCCAAAAUUCAGGACAAAGAGGGUAUUCCACCAGAUCAACAACGUUUGAUUUUUGCUGGCAAGCAGCUCGAAGACGGACGUACACUAUCUGACUACAACAUACAAAAAGAAUCGACACUACACUUGGUCCUCCGCUUGCGUGGUGGGAUACAGAUUUUUGUGAAAACCCUAACCGGUAAAACUAUUGCCUUAGAAGUAGAAAGCAACGAUACUAUCGAGAACGUGAAAACAAAGAUCCAAGACAAAGAAGGGAUACCGCCAGACCAACAACGCCUAAUUUUUGCAGGAAAGCAAUUGGAGGAUGGUCGAACGCUUGCCGAUUAUAACAUUCAGAAAGAAUCCACUCUUCACUUGGUGCUGCGUCUGCGCGGUGGUUGAAGUCUUGGCCUGCUAAAGAACUUUCAGUUGAUUUAUUUUCCUAAUUAAAUGUGUUGCCAAUCGAUUACUACCACCAGACCUAAAUCGCGUUUAUGUUACCAAAGAUCUGUAGCAAAUCAGUCGGAGUGAUAUGCUCGAAAAACUCUCUUGCCACUGCGACUCGAGUCAGUGGACGUGUGUAGCAUCAACGUAGUCUAUAGGUCUAGAGGUUGUGUCGGCAUCGCAAUUCUCGGUUGCCCAGGCAGAGGAUGAGGACUGGCUUAGCAAACCCUACCCGGACUUUACCCGUUAGUAGCGAAGCAAAUGACGCAUAUCGCAAACCUUCGGGAGCCGGUUAUUAAGGCGAGGAUAACACCGCUUUUGAGUAGUAACAAACUACUCUAGGCAAUAAGCUGGAGUAGACGAUCACCGCUGUCUGUCCUGCGAAUACCAUGGCCAUGUUGACCUUCGAGUUCACGUCCGUCUCUCGACCUGCGCUUUCAGAUUUCCGGCAAGACACCAAGAUUUACUUGCGGCGGAGGUCAGGUCAGGUCAGGUCAAGUCACACGGACGAUGGAGGCUUCCGCCUAACAAGCGUCCAGUUCUUAUGCCGGUAAGUGAAGCGGCC